CCCAAAAGCCAAAAAAGAAAGGACUCGUCGACGGCGGUGACAGGGGAUGGGGGAGACGGGAUUCGGGCACAGGAAUACGCACACUUGCUACAGGCCGCUUAGCUUGGCUUAGUGCUCUGGUGAUUGCGAGGACAUGAUGUUGCACUUGCCGAGCAACCACCAGGACGCACCAGGACCUCGAAAAGGGAUGCCAAAUGAGCCAGGGGGUUGAGCCGGCAAAGUGCGUAGCUAUGUCGAGGCUAUAGCCGGUGCCGGACUGGAUUCUGGGCUGGGAAUUCUUGCACUUGCCGCCAGCCGUGCCAUUGUGACACUGCAAGGCCGUGGCAAAUCCAAAUCCGAAAAAUAAGGGAGCAGGAUGCGAAUACGGAUGCGGCAGCGGUGUGGUAUAAAAACGCCGGUUGCCUUCCAAUUGGAACGCAGAAUCGAAUUCGAACGCGAACGAUGCACACGACAGCUCAACUGGAUAGUCUGGAGCAGAAGCGCUCGGCCAGCCUGAUCUUUCGGAUUGAGCAACUCCUGCCCAGCACCAGCAUCACACCGAGCACCAUGACCACUUCGUCGACGGAAACCACAUUGACAGCCACCACGAGCACCGCAAGUCCAGCCAAGCGGAUGAGGAGCAGUCCACGACCAGGUGUUUACACCACGCAAUACACGCCCAAGGAUACCUGCUCCACUGCCAUUCCCACGUCCGCUCUGCUGGGAUCUACGCUCAUGCCCACGGACGGCGGACGCUCCCACUGCCAGCUGUCCAAUGGCGAACUGAUCGUAUCCGCCUCACUGUUGCGACAGAUCAAACUCUCCGAGGACGUGUAUAGCUUCAAUGCCAUCUUCGAGCUGCAUGGUGGCCAGGUACGCGUCCGCUUGGUCAGGGAUGUUGCCCGGGAGGACGAGAUCGUGGCCUGGUUCGGCGAGGAAUUGGUGCUCCUCAUGGGCAUUCCCUUCCUGACGCCGCUAAACAUUCAAGGAAACAGUCGCUACAUGUGUCACCUGUGCCACUUGACCUUCGAGACUCCCCAUCCCCUUAAGAUCCAUUUGGCUCUGGGUUGUGGCCGCAGUGCCAUGGACAUCCUGUGGAUGCGACUGCACUACGCGCUGAAGGCGGCGGCAAGGAGUCACACGGAAACGCAGCAUUCACCCAUUCCGGCGACCUCGUCCACGUCUUCGGCCUCGCCCACCCAUUCGCCACCGCCACAGAUGCCACCCCGGUUCUCCGCCUUCCGUCCCAUUGCAGCACUUACCCAGAGUUUGCCCAUGGCACAAGUGACCACGGCAUCAACACCUCUAUCCUACCUGCCCUCCAUAUCGAUGGCGACGGCACCGUUGUCGACGAAUCCAAUGAACGCAGCUGCCCAGAUCGAGGCCAUAGUCAGCAACAUGGGUGCCUCCAAGCAGGGUCAUCUGUGCAUCUACUGCGGCAAGGUGUACUCCCGGAAAUAUGGCCUCAAGAUUCACAUACGCACCCACACCGGAUUCAAGCCGUUGAAGUGCAAGUUCUGCCUACGACCAUUUGGCGAUCCGAGCAAUCUCAACAAGCAUGUAAGGCUGCAUCUCCAGUCGCAUCCCAGUAGUUCCACGGGAGGAGCCGAUGGUGGAGCAAGUGGUGCCGGCAGCGAUGUGGACAUCGAAGGGGAAACGGAUGCUGAUUACCAGUGCCGCAUGUGCCACAAAACCUUUCCACGGCGCAGGGAUCUGCAGCGACACAUGGAGACUCGGCAUGGUGGACACCAUUCGCAAUCCGAGUCCCGAUCCAGCUCCACCAGCACCUCCAGUACAACCACAAUGACCGCAACGGUGACCACGUCUACUUCAAAAUCCAGCUAGCUACUGGCCGAAAUUUUCGUAGCGCG